AUGAAUCAAUUCAACCAAGUCACCUUGCCUCUCGCUUUCGUUAACACACUCAUGACAGCAAUGCAGAACCACGCAGCUGGUGGCCACGUUCCUGAGGCUAGCUCGGCGCUGCCGCAGUCGAAUGGCGUCCCGAACUUGCUGCAUGGACUGCAGCGGCAGAGCAUAUCAGGAUCCGAGUCUCUCUUGUCGCAACUCGGGGGCCAGCAGUGGUCCCAUCCCGCCCUCCAAGCAAUGGCAGCAAUGCAACAACAAUCCGGGUCGCAGUCGAACGCGCCUGCUCCGCAGCUGUCUGUCGACGAAGUUCGAAUAGCUAACGCUGUCAUUGCGGCGAUGCAGUCGGCGAGCCAAGACCCGGCGGAACGGGACAAGUUCACUCCCGUUGUUUUCGUGCCGGACGACGAGCGACUCCUUGUGAAUACGCUUCGCAAAGCCAAGGCGGAAGGUCUAACACCGCUCCAAGGCUUCGCCAUGUUGGACAAAGUCAGUGGCCACACUACCGCUGCUUGGAAAGACUACUUCAUCAAACACAUCGACAAACUGGGGCCUAAACUCUAUCAACAGGCGUACGCGGCGCAUAUACAUACCCAUACGUCGCCAGUUCUCGCAUCGAGUAUCUCGCGAUCAACGUCUGCGUCUGAAGGCUCGCUCGCUGCGCCAUCCUUACCCCGUGGCGCUAUCAAGAGUGAAGCUUCUUCAUCACGCAAAAAAGGAGAAACGCUCAACGUCAAUCUACUGAACGGUGGUUCUGCAGGCUACCGCCCAAAGCGAGGGUCCCCCGUAGCUGAGUAUCACGAUGAAACGCUCAUCCCCCCCUUACCACCUCAUACGAAACCAAAGCCCCCGCGUCGGGACCCCAAAAACGACAACGGCAGGUUCACGAAAGAAGACAAGAUCUUCUUCAUACAGUACCUACACUACCGUCUCGACAGGGGACCAGUGCCGAGCAAGGAAGAACUGUAUGAUGAGCUUGCGGAGCAGACCCCGCACCGCACCGCAGCAUCAUGGAAGCGACAUUGGGACAAGGCGUGCAAGCUUCCGAACGAGAUUUACAUCGCGGCUCGAAAGCGUGUGCAGAGCUCACAGAGCUCACCCGUUGCGUCUUCAUCCAAGCGGAGCGACUCGCAAGCUGCGCACCCGAGUGGCGACGAGCCUGAGCCUGAGGAUGACUCUGGGUGCGAACCGGAGGAAGAAGAAGCAGAAGAAGAAGAAGAAGAAGAAGCGGAGCCUGGUGCUGGCGACCAUUCGGAAUACCGACCCACGCACAAGCGUACGGGCGCCGUGGCGGCGAAGACAAAACGUGGUAAGAAUCACGGCCCGAAACACAAGAUCACGGAGAAUGUCCUACGAAGGAUGGCGCGCUACAUGGUGGACAAGCGCGAAGGAUGGGAUGAGACUACGAACAACGCCCGCUGGGAGGAAUUCGCUAGCCGUCCUGAGAAUACGUACAGGACGCUAAACACUUGGGUUGGGAUCACUUACAGCCGUCAGAAGAAAAUCGAAGCGUACUUCCAAGAGUAUUUGGCAGAGCUGUCAGUCGCCGGAGAGGGUCCCUCUGAGUCUGCUCCUUGCGUAGCAAAUGGGAUUGCCAACGCAGGAUCGGGCGGCUCGCAGCCUGCAAUUAAAGAAGAGAAGAAAGAUGUUAACGGGUCAUUGAAGCGCGCUUUGGAAGGAGAGGAGGCCAAGUAUGGAGAGAGCGCACCUUCAAGUUUGAAGCGUCCCAAAGUCGAGGUCAUAUAUCUUUCGGACUGA